GCCGUGACCGCGAGACAGACCCGACAGCUCCGACUAAAGCAAGCGAGUUCGAACGGCCGGCGGCGCUGCGUGCGGCUGGGGCGAUUCCACCCUCGGUCGUUCUACCAAGCUAGGGCACGGCGGCCGUCAGGGCUCCAGCGAGCAACACCGGCCCUCUCGACAAGCGAGGGCCUGCUCCGUGCAGCGGCACCGGGUCCGCGUCAAGACAAGAAGGCGUCAGAAGGCAUGGCGAAGGUGGGAGAGAACAGCUUUGAGGAUGAAAUCAUGGAGUCAGACAUUGAAUUGGAGGGGGAAGUUGUUGAGCCGGACAAUGAUCCUCUGCAGAAGAUGGGAGAUCCAUCGGUUGAAGUCUCUGAAGAAAUGCGUGAUAAGGCACAGCUCUACAAAAAGAAGGGCGUUGAUGCGCUUUCAGAAGGUAAACUGGACGAAGCAGUCGAGAACCUGACGGAGGCCAUCUUGCUGAACCCCACAUCAGCUAUCCUCUAUGCAACCAGGGCUGGUGUUUUUGUGAAGAUGAAGAAACCAAAUGCAGCAAUUCUUGAUGCGGAGGCAGCAUUACAGAUAAAUCCAGAUUCUGCUAAAGGAUAUAAAUCACGAGGGAUGGCGAAAGCUAUGCUUGGGAAGUGGGAAGAUGCUGCUCAUGACCUUCACUUGGCAGCAAAAUUGGAUUUUGAUGAAGAGAUCAGCUCAGAGCUUAAGAAGGUUGAACCCAAUGUACACAAAAUUGAGGAGCACAAGAAAAAGUAUGAACGCCUGCGUAAAGAGAGGGACAUGAAAAAAGCUGACUUGGAAAGACAGCGUAGGCAUGCUGAGGAGGUUUCUGCUGCUUCUGCUGUUCUAAAGCCUGGUGAUGUGAUCACUAUCCACUCAUCUAAUCAACUGGAAGAAAUAUUUACAGCCGCGUCAAAACUGUCGAAGCUUGUGAUUCUGUAUUUUACAGCAACAUGGUGUGGACCAUGUCGCUUUAUGGGCCCUGUUUACAAAAGCUUAUCUGAACAGCACCGGAAUGUCGUAUUCCUUAAGCUGGACAUUGAUCAACAAGGCAAUAUUGCACACCGCUGGAAUGUCUCAAGUGUUCCAACAUUCUCCUGUGUGAUAAACGGCAAAGAGAUUGAUAAGGUUGUCGGUGCUGACAAGACCGGCCUUGAGAGAAAAAUUGCGAAGCAUGGCUCUCUUAAACCGUGAGCUAUCAUAUUACUUCUAUGCUGUACUCAUAUGGACUCAACUCUCAAUAAAUGAGUGCUUAUGAAUAAAAAUUGACCUACAUGUGUGGAAA